GGAGAUGCGGUGGAGGUUCACAACGCGGAGGAGGGGCUGGUGGGCGGCUGGUUCCCCGCGCGGCUGGUGCAGCUGGCGGACCCGCAGGUCGGGUACGGCCUGGUGGAGUACGAGGAGCUGCAGGUCAGCGAGGAGCCCGGCGCCCCCAAGCUGUCCGAGUGGUUCCCGCUGCCUGGCUGCCCCCGCCUGCUGAACCCCUCAGCCGCACGCAACGCGCUCCCACCCCCACCCGGGGUGCCGGGCGCGGAGCAGCAGCAGCAGCAACGGCCAGUGCACUGCAGGCGGGGGUACGCGGUGCGCCCCGUGCCGCCCGCCCAGCUGGCCGCCAGCCCGGUGUCUCCGCCGCUGCGGCUGGGCAUGUUGGUGGACGUGUACCAUGAAGGCGCCUGGUGGACGGCGCAGCUGCUGGCGGUGACCGGGCCGCAGCAGCGGGUGCAGGCGGCGGCACUGGGGCCGGCAGCAGCAGCGGCUGCAGGACCCGCCGCAGGAGCUGGGGGGGUUGCUUCUGCAGCGCCAGAGGCCGCUGCUGGGGGGCAGGCAGGCGACAGCGCCGCUGCUGUUGCGGCGGCGGCGGCUGCGGGUCCCAGUAACAGGGACGGUAGCAAUGGUGGUAGCAGCAGCAGCGGGUGCGGUGUGCUGCUGCAUGUCCAGUUGCUGGACGCAUCAGAGCGAUUGAUGGUGCCCCUGGAGCGCUCCCGGGCUGCGGUGGUGUGGGAGGAGAGCAGGGCGAGCUGGAGCCUGGCGCCACCGCCGGCGCUGCCCCGAGGAGAGGCAGCGGAGACGGUCCGUCCCUCCCACUACCGGGACGUGGUGCUACUGGAGGGGGGCGACGCAGCCGCUGCCACCCUGGGUCCGCUGUUUGCACGGAGGGUACGGCAGGUCCGGGAACAGCAGCAGCAGGCGGAGGGAGAGAGAGCGGCGGCGGCAGCGGUGAAGCAGGAGGAGGGCGGGGAGGCGACUGCUUGGGUGGCGGCGGUGGAGACGGCGGGACGAGAGAUGCUGCGUGCCUUCGCCCCGGAGUUCCUGCUGUUGCGGCUGGACGGUCCCUGGCUGUGGGGCGCAGUGCGGGGGGCGCUACGGGGGGAGCUGGCGGGGGCGGCAGGAGAGGCGGGAGCAGGAGGAGGAGCAGCAGCAACAGCGGCCGGGGGUGUCCAAUCGUCGCGGCUUGCUGAGCUAGUGGUGAGCAACACACCCUCAUGGGCUCGGCAGCAGCAGAAGCAGCAGGAGCAACCACAGCAGCAGAAGCAGAAGCAGGGCAGGAAGGGAGCAACGCCGGGCGGCACAACCGGGGCGGCAGGGGCGGGGGCGGCUCCCCGGAAGGGGCCGGGGGCUGCGGCCGGGAGGGGCCGGGCGGGGGCGGCGGAGGCAGGCGUGAAGGAGGCGGCGGCCGCAAGGUCCCCUCGCAAGUCCACUGCAAGGGCGGCAGGCGGCCGCUGCAGCAGCCGGGCCGUCAAGCCAGAGGAGGGGGAGGAGCUUGCGGGCGAGCAGCCGCCGGAGCAGCAGGCCGGGUCCCAGCAGCAACCGCAGAAGCCACAGCAGCUGGAGAAUGGGGAAGAGGCGGCAGCGGCAGCGGCGGGCGGGGCCGGCAGGGGCACUGGGGCCAAGCGGCGCCGCACGCAGGGCGAGGGGGC